AAGGAAGGAAAGAAAGCAAGGAGGAGGAGGAGGGAGGGUCUCCAACACAAAGCAUCCUCUCGCUCUCUGUGUGUCUCUCUUCUGUCCCUGCCUUUCUGCCUGUGUCUUCCUCUCUGCCUCUGCCAUGGAGCCCAAGCACAAAGAGCUGCUGGCCCAGUGUCACCAGAGCCUGGCCCAGGCCAUGACCGAGGUGGACAAGGUGGUCGAGCUCCUGGAGGCGGCGGGAGCCCUCGAUGCCCAGGACUUGCACGAUCUGCAAGGAGCCAGAGGGAGAGAAGGGGAAGGAGAGGGAGAAAGGGAAGGGAAGGAGGCAGCCCCUCCACCCUCCUCCUCCUCUGCCUCUGCCUGCAAGGCCGACCUGCUCAUCCAGCUCCUCCUGGCCAAGGAGAGGGACCACUUCCAGGACCUGAGGGUGGCCCUGGAGAAGACCCAGCCUCACCUCCUGGCCAUCUUGUACCUCAACCACGGAGGGGCCACAGAGACAGCUGGGUCUACCUACAGUGUACUGUCCAUAAUGCCAUCAGAUUCUGAAAGCAGCAGUUCUCUUAGCAGUACUGGUACAACAGGUAAACCAUCAUCACCACCACCCACAGUUGUGGAUGUAAGGCAGAUGAAUGAGAAACUGGAGACCAUUUUGUUUCAGCUCCGUCAAGUUACCCGUGAGCGGGAUGAAUUGCGGAAGCGUCUUGCACUCUCUUCUCCUGGGUCCACCUUUGAUGACUGCAGGCCCAGUCCCAAGCCAAACCAUGAUUAUGAACGAUUGAAGAUACAGUGUAUGAAGGCAAUGUCAGACCUACAGUCUCUACAGAACCAACACACGAAGACACUAAAAAGAUGUGAAGAAGCUGCCAAGGAGGCUGAUUUCUAUCAUACAUUACACAGUCGUCUGCUGAGUGACCAGUCCCAGCUGAAGGAGGACAUGGACACCUUGAAGCGGAAGAACAGUCAGUUGGUACGAGAGCACAAUCACCUCCAGCAGUCCUGUGAGGAAAUGAAGAGGCUCCACGAUGAGGACCAAAAAGAGAUAACAGACUUGCGCAGUCAACAACAGCAGGUUAUGAAGCAGAAUGGGUCGUCAGAGAUACUAAAUAAACUGUAUGAUACAGCAAUGGACAAGCUAGAGGGUAUGAAGAAGGAUUAUGAAACACUAAGGAAACGGUACAAUGAGAAGAUAGCAAGCCACAAUACUGAUCUAAGCCGGUUAGAACAGACGGAAGAGGAGAACAGACGUCUCCAGAAACAGAUUGACAUGUUGAUGAAACAGCGGGACACGGCAAUACAUUUCCAGCAGCAAUACUCCUCCUCUCUCAGAAGAUUUGAAUCAGUUCAGCAAGAACUAAGCAAAGCCACUGUCCAAAACAAAGAGCUGCAGAGAGAGAUGGAGCGACUACAGACAGAAGUGACACGGUUUAAAACUAUGCAAUUGAAGGCUGUAAAAGACGCAGAGAAGUACAAGGAAGAGAGAGAUUCUGUGUUCAGUGAGUACCGUCUCAUCAUGAGUGAGAGAGAUCAAGUUAUCAAAGAAGUAGAUAAGCUCCAAACAGAGCUGGACCUUGCAGAAUCCAAAUUAAAAAACACAUCCUCAGAGAAAAGAGUGGCUAGUGAAGAAAUGGAAGCUUUAAGACAGGAACUAAAUUCUGCUUUAGUGGAAAGAGAUCGAGCAAUCUGUGAAAGGAAUGAACUCUUGGAAAAGUACUGCCAUGAAGUGAAAGACAAGGCUGAGGCCCAGAAAGAACUGGAUCAAGCAUGCAAGGAUAUUGAGACAGUGAAGGAAGAAAGAGAUGUGGCCAGGAAGGAAAGAACAGAAGCUAUCAUCCAGAGAGACCAUUUGCUAAGAGAAUACUACCAAGCUCGCCAGAUACAAGAUUCUGCUACACUGGAUAUAGAAAGAGCUAACAAAGAAAUUGAAAUGCUUCGGAAGCAAUAUGAAGCAAUGACACAAGAGUUAAAAGAAGCUGUGCAGGAAGCAGAAGUAGCAAAAUGCAGAAGAGAUUGGGCCUUCCAGGAACGUGACAAGAUUGUUGCAGAACGUGAGAGCAUACGGACUCUCUGUGAUAACCUAAGGCGGGAGAGAGACCGAGCAGUGAGUGACCUGGCUGAGGCUCUUCGCAAUCUGGAUGAUAUGAGGAAACAAAAGAAUGAUGCUGUGCGUGAACUGAAAGAACUGAAAGAGAAGAUGGAGAAUCAGUUGGAAAAGGAGGCAAGGUUUCGGCAGUUGAUGGCUCACAGUUCUCAUGAUUCGGCCAUUGAUACGGAUUCUUUAGAGUGGGAAACAGAAGUAGUUGAAUUUGAGAAAGACAGGGAAGAUAUGGAUUUGAAAGCCCUAGGUUUUGACGUGGCUGAAGGGGUGAAUGAGCCGUAUCUUCCUGGGGACUGUGGAAUAUUUGUGACCAAAGUUGACAAAGGAAGUAUUGCAGAUGGUCGAUUAAGAGUGAAUGAUUGGCUGCUGAAGAUAAAUGAUGUGGACCUCACCAACAAGGACAAGAAGCAAGUAAUAAAGGCGGUACUUAAUGGUGGAGGAGUUAUUAAUAUGGUCGUUCGUAGAAGGAAAUCCUUAGGAGGGAAGGUGGUAACACCUCUACAUAUCAAUCUUUCUGGCCACAAAGAUAGUGGAAUAGGCCUCGAAAAUGGAGUAUUGGUUGCUACUAUAGUACCUGGUAGCCCAGCAGCCAAAGAAGGGUCCCUCACAGUGGGAGAUAGAAUAAUUGCUAUAAAUGGAAUUGCACUUGAUAAUAAAUCACUGACUGAAUGUGAAGCUUUGCUGCGAAACUGCAGGGAGUCUCUUACGCUUUCGUUGAUGAAGGUUUUUCCUCAGAGCUCAAGCUCAUCGUGGAGUGGUCAAAACAUAUUUGAAAACCUUAAGGAUUCAGAGAAAAUAUCAAACUGUAGGGUUCAUGGGGCUGAGGUACAGGCACAGAAUAAAAGAAAUUUAAAACAUAACAGCUCAACCCAAACUGACAUUUUCAACCCAGACAUAAUGGAUAUCAAGAAAGACCACGGUGAUCCAGAGGACAGCAGUUUGUAUUGUGAUCUCAAACCAUUCUCCAGCAGUGUUCUACACACAGAUUCUCAUCGGAACACAGUCCAUGGGUGCCACAGUAACUCAGAGCACAGCCUUGGUUCAUUUAGUCCAGAUGUGUAUGGUGAGCCAAGCUACGGUAUUGUUAACCUGGACAGCAGGAGGCUGCCAUUUGAAUCCACAGUUACAGACUGUAUGAUGGUUGAGAGCACAUUAGACAAAGGGCAUGGUGGGAAACACAGCGGUGGCACCUGGCCUAAAGUGGUGGUCAACAUUGCUACAGUGGAAACAGAGAAGUUCUCUGUCUACAAAAAGCCCAAACAGAGGAAGUCUAUCUUUGAUCCUGACACUUUCAAAAGACCUCUGACUCCACCCAAAAUGGACUAUCUAUCUCCCAGCCAAGUGCUGGGACAUUCACCCCAGUCCUCCAAAACUGAAGCCAUAUCCACCCCUCCUACCCCACCUAAGAGAAGUGAUUCUAUUAAGUUUAAACACAAACAGCAGGCAAGUUCUGCCUCAGAAUCUACGGUCACAACAGGUUCACCACCUGCAAGUCCUGCUACAGUUCAGCCUCCUCUGUCAAUUGAACUCAAGCCAGAUGGUGGCACUCACAAGGGGCGAGGAAGACCCUCUGGACAUUAUUAUAGGGAGGAGGGGAUUGAUCUUGCACAUUUGCCUUCAAGGAAGUCUUGUGAAGAUGACAUUGGUUUUCAAAGAUUAGAAGAGCCAGAAAUUAAGAGACCGAGGCCCAAAUCUGCUCCUGCUUUGAGACAUAAAUUAACCCCUGUGGCCAUUCCUAAUCCAUCUCAUCAGGUACAAAAAUGCACUCCAGCAAGUGAAGAACUUCUUUCUCCUGAGCUACAGGAGUGGCCAACAUAUUCACCAAAACGGUCCAGUAGGCAUAGUGAUGGGUUUGUGCCUACCUCUUUAUACCCUGGAAGCCUGUCUGCAGGAACGGUACCAAGGAACAUUGCACCAUGUCCUGCAGUAACUGCUGUUCUGAGGAAUCCUAUUUAUACUGCUUGGAGCCAUAGAGUUAGCACCACUAAUUGCCCGUCUCUUGCCAGCCAGUAUUGCCACCAGCAUAUGCAUCCCAGUGCUCAGCACCAAGGCCGCCUGAGUUUGGAUUUGAGCCACAAACACUCCAGUGAGUGUUCUGAAAACACACGCACAAGAUCAUCACAUGGUUCAAAUUCACUACCAUCUAGUGCAAGACUUGUAGGUUCUUCCAGCAACUUGCAAUAUAGAACAGAACGAAUAAAAAUACCUUUGACGCCGAGAUAUCCAAGGUCCAUCAUUGGCUCUGAUAGGGGUUCAUUGUCGCACUCUGAAUGUAGCAGCCCAAGCCUGGUAACUCCUCCGCAGUCACCACUGAACCUAGAGACCUCAUCCUUCGCCAGUAGCCAGUCACAAAAUUCUCUUUCCACCAUGCCCAGGAUCUCAGUGAGUCCAGUAUCAAUGGGACAACGUCGAAAAGACAAGCCAUAUAUGGAAGAACCUCGUCAUGUGAAAGUGCAGAAGGGCUCUGAACCACUUGGAAUCUCAAUUGUGUGUGGUGAAAAUGGUGGGAUAUUUGUAUCCAAAGUAACUGGUGGCAGCAUCGCCCAUCAGGCUGGUCUAGAAUAUGGUGACCAGUUAUUAGAGUUUAAUGGAAUAAACCUGCGGAAUGCCACAGAGCAACAAGCGCGGCUGAUCAUUGGGCAGCAAUGUGACACCGUAACUAUCCUAGCACAGUACAACCCACACAUGUUCCAGCUAGGAAAUCACUCACGAUCAAGCUCCCGGCUAGAACCUGUGAGUAGUCAUUCCACUCCACAAGGCAGUGGAGCUGCAACUCCUGACAGCCAUUCCAUAAUCGACACUGUGAGCGAACAGGACGAAGGGACCAUGACACCUCCUUCCAAGCAGACCACUCCAACUACUAGUCCCCGCAAUUCAAUGCGCAAUUCUAUGGACACAACCAAGAGGACCCCUGAACCUAGAACUGUUACCCUUAAGAAGUCUCAAGUGGAACUUGGAAUCCAAAUCUGUGGCGGAAAUCUAUAUGGCAUAUUUGUGUCCGACGUAGAAGAUGAUAGCCCUGCCAAAGGACCCGAUGGAUUGGUGCUAGGAGACAUGAUACUUGAGUAUGGCUCAGUUGACAUGCGCAAUAAAACAACAGAGGAAGCUUAUCUUGAAAUGCUUAAGCCAUGUGAAAAUGUUAGAAUAAAAGCUCAGUACAGAGUUGAAGAAUUCAGCAAGAUCAAAGAUUUACCUGGAGAUGGAUUCUAUGUCAGGGCACUUUACGACCGGCUGGCAGAAGUAGAGCAGGACUUGAGCUUUAAAAAAGAUGACAUUUUGUAUGUCGAUGACACUCUGCCACAGGGGAACUUUGGUUGCUGGAUGGCAUGGCAGCUGGAUGAGAAUGCCCAAAAGCUGGAAAGAGGACAGAUUCCCAGCAAAUACAUGAUGGAGCAAGAAUUCUACAGAAGACACAGCAUGUCUGAAACAAAAGAUGAAAACAGUUCCACAAAGACAUCAUCGGCAGCAGCUCGAAGAUCAUUCUUUAGAAGAAAACAUAAACACAAACGCAGUGGGUCCAAAGAUGGAAAGGAUUUGCUGGCCCUUGAUACCAUCAGCACUGACUCCAUUCCCUUCUUAGAUGAUUCUAUAAACCUUGCUUAUCAACGAGUCCAGAAAGUGGAUUGCACAUCUCCUAGGCCUGUGCUCAUUCUUGGACCGUUACUUGAUGCUGUGAAAGACAUGUUGGUCAAGGAAUCGCCAGGAAAAUUCUGCAGGUGUCCCCUUGAGGUGAUGAAAGCUUCUCAACAAGCCAUUGAGCGGGGUGUGAAAGACUGUCUAUUCAUAGAUUAUAAACGUAGGAGUGGACAUUUUGACGUGACAACUGUUGCCUCUAUAAAGGAGAUAACAGAGAAGGACUGUCACUGUCUCUUGGAUAUUGCUCCUCAUGCCAUAGAGCGGCUCCACAGCAUUCAUAUUUACCCCAUUGUCAUCUUCGUUCGUUACAAAAAUGCCAAGCAGAUCAAAGAGCAAAAGGAUCCUGUCUUCUUGAGGGACAAAGUUACGCAGAAACAUUCCAAAGAACAAUUUGAGACAGCUCAAAAAAUAGAACAGGAAUAUAGCAAGUAUUUCACAGGAGUUGUCCAAGGUGGCCCGCUUUCAACCAUUUGCACUCAGAUCAUGACGACUGUUGAUCAGGAACAAAACAAAGUCCUGUGGAUUCCAGCCGGGCCGCUAUAGACACAUGCUGUGAAAUGACUGAAGCUCUAUGACAGAUUCUACAUAAACAGCUGAUAGGGUGUUCUGGUCCAUUUAUAGCUGCCUGUACGUUGGGUGCAAACUGAGAGUUCCUCAUGAGCAACAUUAUCUGUGAGGUGUGCCUGGAAACCAGCAGUCCUUUCACUAACAGAAAUUGAUUGCAAUAUAUAAAUGGACAAAUACGUAAUUUCAUUUUUUCAUGAAAAGACUUUGUGAUGCUGCAAAAAAGAGAGAGAGCGAGAGGAAGGAAGGAAAAGGAAAAAAGAAACCUUUUAUGAUACGUUUACAAAACUCCCCCACCCCCACAAGUAUUUGGUGGUUCUUGUUUACUUGAAUAUAUUUUUUUAACUAUCUGUUUGGGUUAUCUCCGCCACCCACUUCUUUCUUUACAUCCAGUACAAAAUCAAGAGUGGAAUUUCUACAUGAUGAGUGAGAAUGACUUUUACAUGAAGUGUGGUUCUGUCCUUCAGUAACAGCCAUUUUGCUUCAGAAUAAACUCAUGAAUUGUGACUGGUUUUCUCAUAGGUACUUGUUUCUGGGAGUGAAUUUGCAGGGUGAGGGGAGAAGCACUUCUCCAGCACAUGGGUCAGGCCACUGUUUGUAUUACGUAAACCCUUUCGUCAGUUAAAAGUUGUUGCUUUUUUUAUGCAUGAAUUUAAUACUUAAAUGUCAUGAUGUUAUCCAAUCAAACUGUGCUACUUUGUGUAUUAAAAAAUUGAGUUGCUGGGCCUGCAUUUUGCAGGAAAUCAGAAGGGGUUUAUAGCUGGGCCUAGACUGCUUUAUUUUAUCAUAUGUAGAUAAUCUAUGUAAUUGAACAAUUUAUGUCGCUCAAGCUUUAUUCUUUGGAGUGUAAUAGCCAUAGGGAUUUUUAAAACAAAAUAAUUAGAAGCACAGCCUAGGUUCUAGGAACCUGGCAACAUUUAGAGUGAUCCCGUAACUUAGUUUUGCUAUUGCUCAAUGAAUAUAGUGUACAUUUGUUUUGGUUUUUAAUUUUUUUUUGUUACACUUUGUAUUUCCUGUACCAAAUUCCAUUGUAUGUUUUCUUUUUUGCACUUCUGGGUUCAUUUUCCAACAGUAUGUUUUUAUUUUCCCUUUAAAAAUUGCAUGUCAUGUUUUGUAGGUACUGUAACUUUGUUAAAAGUAACAUUUGAUUAGGGUUGCAUUUGUGAUAACUGUUCCUAACAUUUCAUUGUGUAGAUAGAUUUUUCUUUUUUUUUCUUUUGCCCUUCAGUUUGUCUUUCUUUCUUUCUUUCUUUCUUUGCAUUAAUUAAAAAAAGGGAUUCUUCUUGCACAGUUGUUCUAUGACAAAAUUGGGUUGGAAAUUUUAACCUGUUUUGCAGAUACUAUUUUAUAGUUCAAAAUAUGGGAGAGAGAAGACAAAUGUAGAAAGGAUAUUGAUAAAUUCUUAGUUCAAAUACUGUUUAUAAGUUGUGGAACAGCAGUUAUAUAUUUUUUUUAAAAAGAGGGAGGCCAGAGUGGGACAAAAGUGGUACAAUUGAAAUGAACUGGUACUGUUGUAACAUUAAAUUUUCUGUACUAAAACAAGUCACUUUGUAUCAAAACAAAAAGGUUAAAGAAACUGAGUAUUGUGUUAAAUAAAGGUCAAUUUCUAUAAUUUCA